GGGGGGCUUCUCCGAACCCGUCUCUUUAAACUAAACGGCGGCUCCGCAUCUCAUGGGAAGCUCCAGUGCCGAGAGUGCUUCUGAGGAUGAUCACGAGAGCCUCUCGAAGCAUGAGUCCUCGGAAUCCUUUCUGAAGAGCCCCUCCAAGCGGAAAGGCAAGAAGACCUCCAAGGACUCACGGCCACGCUCCAAGGACUCCAAGAAGACGGGCUCCAAGAGCUCGAAGAACUCCUCCUCUCGGUCCGAGGCAGCUUCCAAGGAAUUGGCCAGCCUGCUGGUGAGCUUCGAAAUCAAUGCGCCGCCAGAGGUCGAGGAUGAGUUCUUUGAUAUCCCAGAGGGGGCCAACGCCGCGCGGAUGGAGGACCUUAAGGUGGAGCUGUCCAAACCCCACAGCGCGCUGAGGCUCCGCAUCAAGGACCGCCUCGAGCGCGCCAUUGGCAGCGACGCGGUGCAGAACUACGAGGUGCCGGACGUGCCGCUGCCGCUGCCAAAGAGCAAAUACAAGAAGGACUUCACCAUUCACCAGGAGCUGUCCCUGCGGGAGGAGCCCAAGAACACGGGCAACGCCUACUUCAUGCAGGGCUUCUCCUCGCAGACGGCGCCCUUCAUGGGCGUGCGCCCUGACCUGCUGCCGGUGAUCUCUCAAGGGAAGGUGGGCAUUGACAAGUCGAUGCUGCCGGCACUCUAUCAGCCCUUCCGAAAGGACAGCGAGCAUCCCUAUGGCCAGGUGGAGCCGUCCAAGCUCUUGCCCCAGGGGGCCUUGCGGCAGCCGCCGGAAGCGGAACGGAUCUUCCACCUCGUGGAGCAGGAGAUGCCUCCGCCCAGAGCCACAGUGGUGCCCCGCACUUUCAGCAAGGGGAAGCUACAGCGAACUGCCUGAGCGAAGCGUUUGGUUUCACCGCCCUGAGCCCGCACGAAGCCUACGGA